AUGGUGAAAAGUCUACUUGUAAUGGUGCAUAACAAGAUCUCUGACUUGGACGAGACUGAAGUCCCGGAUCAUUUCUCUCAGGCCUCCACUUCCUCGGAUACGUCCAUGCCAACGACAGCAGCAGUAGUCUCGUCGUCGGGCCGGUCCCCAGCAGCAGAACCAGUCACCUCGUCCUCGGAUCAGCCCUCAGUAGCAGCAGAACCAGAGUCGAAUGACUCAUCUGACGUUGACGAAAAUGAAAAGGCAGACCUUCUGGCCAAUAUAGAACAAGCAUGCCAUAAGGAGUGCGAGGUUAGUAUACCGGGCAACGAUGACUAUGUUGUGUAA